UUACUGUCAUUCCUACAACUGUAUUGAAACAUUAUAUUGAAGGUCCACCUAUAAAAUCUUGGGAUUUAAAAUUUCAUUUAGCUGUGUCAUUGUUUAAAAGUGACGGUCGUUUAUGGAAAUUACCAAUUGAGCAAGCUCAAAAAGAACUUUUCGAUUCCACUAAGAUCAAGGCUCCUUUUAAUAUAGUUAUAAAAGAUGUUAUAUUAGAUGAGCGAUACAGACGAAAGAGUAUAAUACAUUUAGAAAAAGUUUUAAAACAAUAUGAAGAUGUAUUAGACGAUAAAUGGAAAGAACCAAGUGAUGAGCUGCAUGGGGAAUGGGUAUAUGUUAAUGAAGAUAAAAAAAAUAAUGAAACUGAUAAAGUAGUUCUUUAUAUGCAUGGUGGUGGAUAUUUAGGAUAUGUCGAAUGUAGUAGAAUUUUUACUUUUAAAUUUGCGGAAUAUGCUAAAGCUCGAGUUUUUGCGAUUGAUUAUCGUCUUUCGCCACAAAAUCAAUUUCCUGCGUCUCUUUGUGAUUCAGUUGCUGCAUAUCUUUAUCUUAUAAAUCCUGGGCCAGAUGCAGGAUUUGGACCAAUAAACCCUAAAAGAAUUGUAUUUGCAGGUGAAAGUGUGGGUGGCGGUUUAACUUUUGCAACUCUCUUAUUUUUAAGAGAUGCUGGAUUACCUUUACCAGGAG